GGGAGCGUACGGCUGGCGCUUGUGGGUUGCUCACAUUUCCUGUGCCCUGCGGUAGAACAUUUUCCAUAUCCACUUUGUCAACGGUCGUGCACUGCCUCAGAAUCCUCUGCUCUCUGGAUCUCAGCCAUGUCGAAUGAUGCUGCAGCUAUUGCAGGAGUGGCAUCGGCUGCCGUUUCUGGUGCUGAUCUGGUGAAUUCAGUCAUUCAGGAUCCUGUCAAUAUGUGCCUGAGAAGUGUGAUCAUAAAUCUCACCAACAGCUCAUCUUACAUCCUGAUAAAUCCACAGGUUUACACCUACAGUGGAUACUGCUAUACCUCCCCAAAACCUACAGUAGAAAAGAAGAUGACAGAGAAGUGUUCUUUCGGACAAACAAAGGGAACUGCAAGUGGUGCUGUUGGGGUCCUGACCUAUGACAUCACCGAAGACCGGAAGAAGAAAGCAGUCGAGCGUCUGGCCAUCAUGUUCUCUGUGCCUUUCGACUACAAUCUCUAUGAGAACUGGUUUGCUCUGGGUUUGUUCGAAGCUACUCAAGCCUGUGAUCACGCUCUAUACAAUUGCAUGUAUCAUGAGAAAGAGAAAUCUUUCAGAAGGGGAAAGGCAACUGGUUCAGAAAUCAGCUACCAAAGUAAAAAGUUCACCUUGAGCGGAAACAUGUCUCCUGUGGCUAAAGCAGAAAUUAUAGUAGAACUCUGGGAUAAAGACUAAUGUGAUCAAUAAUGUGAGCAACUAUCUAUAGCUCAAUGUAUUUUUACAGUAUAUCUUACCAUAGCAGACUGUAUACUGCCUACAACCAGUUCAGCAAUUUAGCUUAAUGUUGCUGUCCAUAAGUUCAGGAAAACUUAUUCUUUCUGAGCAUGAGCAUAUAAUCAGUGACAUAUUUUAUAUUUUAAAGACUAAAUUUUACAGCAACGCCAGCUUUUUUUUCCCUGUUUCCUGCCACUUCAAAAUGUUAAAAGAUCCUAAGACUAAACUAAAUGUUAAGCAUACAGUUUUGAAUGUCCUUGCUAACAGCUGAUGAUUACAAUGAAUAAACUGCUUUUUAUGAUUGCAA